AUGAGUGACCCUACGUCAUCUCGAGCUCCACCGCUACCACCGCUCAACCUCCCCUCGGCAGCUCUACAUAUCCACAGCAGCACACGGAGCCAGCUCCACCCUGAUUCCGAAGAUGCAGUACGAUUUGAACGGCAGCGUUUUGCAAAAGAGUUGGAGCCUGUAAGGCGCAACAACAAGGAUACAACACCAAGUGAAGCACACGCCCCACCGAGUUUCGCCAGUCUGCGAUCCAGGGGCGCGUCUGCAAACAGUGUGAGGAGUACAUCAAGAGACGACCUGAGACGAUAUGCAAGCACGCAAGCAGAUGUAGACGACGACACUGAGCAUGGUGAUACGCCAAGAAGCAAGCGCUUCUACGACGCGCUCGUCACGUUCUGGACUACGCAGAUAAGCCUUUCCAUCGACGAAGGAGCACAACGAGAUCACCUUGCUCUCGAACGCACCUUUCUGGGCUAUUUACGCACCUCUCUUCUCCUCGUAAUGACAGGUAUCAUCAUCGCCCAGCUCUUCAUUGUGCAGCACAGUCCCACGCCUAAACCAUUUGGUUUCCACAGGAUCGGGAGACCACUGUCAGCAACGUUUAUUUGCUUGGCUAUCGUCGUUUUGAUCAUUGGAGCAUUGCGCUUCUGGAGGCUUCAACGGGCGCUAGUUGGAGGUAAGGCAUUGGCGGGCGGUUGGGAAGUCAGUGCCAUCAUGGGGUUGGUUACUUGCUUGCUGUUAGGGACGUUUGGACUCAUUCUGGGUGUGGAUAUCGAGAAGACAUAUUUUGGAGGGUGA